AUCAGAGCUCUGUACACAAGACGUAACGGAUUUUGAUUUACCCUUGCCUAGGUACAGUCUGACAUAUUAUGCCAGGCGGACCUGUGAAGCUCCCGAGACACAACUAUCCCCAUAUUCGGCAGUUUCAUACGUGAUGAAUACCACCUUCGACGAGGAGCCCGUUUGGAUUACCAACGACGAUGCCCUAUCAGAGACAUCAGAUAUAUCAGACCUCAAAGAGCCGAUCGAGCUCCCCGAGCCUCCAAAACCGGAAAGACCUCAAUGUGGAGAGAUUCUUCGAAUAGCUCGUCCCGAAAGUCUGGCCAUAGACACGGAGGGUUCAUGCCUGCUCUGGUUCAAACCUACACUUUCUUUUCAGCUACAACAAUGCUCUUUCUGGAAUCAGGGUUCCAAGUUUCCAAUUUUCAAUAUCUGGCGUCCGGCAUCGUAUUUCGGUGCCACCUUUACACAACUAGGACCGAACCCGGUGAAGCUGAACAGCAACGAUCUCAUUGUCACCAGUUCCGAAGAGGAUACCGAGAUCCUGAAGUCUAGUGACAUGGAAGCUAUUCCUUUGGUAGAUGGUAAUGUCGUUGCUGCUAUUGAUAUCGAUCGCCCAGGCUACUUUUGCUGCUCUGUAUGCUUUUCAUACCGUGGAAGAGUGAUCCUGGCCAACGGCGAGCGCUGGAAAUUCAACGAAAUCGACAUCGACCACCAUGAUUUUACGCGCGAAUAUGAUCAGAAAGACUCGUAUAGUAAAUCCAAUGCGGCGAGUCUUGUGUGGAUGUUCUACCAUAGCUCACGACCUGAACUGAUGAACGGCGUCCCCGAUGAUCUUCCCUUCGCUAUGGACAUCGAUACCCGCAUUUGUCGGGUGAAACGCUCUUCCAACUGCGCAGAUCCCGGUUCAUUUGGGGGUCCCGUUCUGGCAGUGAUGAAUCGAAAUGGUAUCAUUUGCUGCGAGGGCAUUGAGAAGAAUAAGGAGAUCGAGACGGAUAAUAUUCGGGAGUUGGUCUUGAUGACUGCUCUGGCGGUUGCGCAAUAUGAGAGAUGGCUCCAAGUAUAAAGCGCUAGAUCGCUUGGAGAAACUAUGAUAUGCGAUUUUGAAUUCCGUCGAGUCAUGGAUUAAUCGUUACUGGUCAUAUAGAGUAUUCAAAUUACCAUCCAAAGCUCUCUUCGUGCCAGAUGACCUCUCGGCCCUUAGUUACCCAUUUGCCGAUAUGACCCCGUAACUCCCGGCCCAUGCCUCGAGGACCGCAGAAGAUCACCGCGACGUGCUCAUCCGCAUGAUAGCUAAAUGUUUCAUCGACGAUAUCCUUCAAAUCCGGUCGGCCGGCGAGUGGUUUUAUUCCCCCGAUGGUGUCGUCAGAUUCUCGUAAUUCAUCCAUCUCUGUGCCUUCCUCCUGAGCUGCGAGGUUCAGAGUAUUUCCCAUGAAGCGAUUCCGCGUCAAGUGAAUUUGAACAUUCGAGCUCUGGCUGAAUGUCUGUUUCUCGGAAUCCGUAGCCCAAUCGGCCUCUGCAGAUGACCUGAGGGCCCAGACGAAAUGGAGUCGGUCGGAGCCCCCGGCCUCUAGCUCCAGUUGCUCUCGCAAAGCCCAAUAAAUUGGUAGAAUAAACGUCGCUCCGAUACCUCCUGCUACAAGGAGGAUACGGCCAGCACCAGAGAUAAGCUCUGCGACUGGUAAAUUGCCCCCGUAGGGACCCUCUAUACAGAUCAACCGGUGGAUCUUGAAGCGAUCCGCGUGAGUCUGUAGUGUUUGCGUUGUGGGACCACGUCGGGCUCGAAGAACAAGCACUAUUUCGCUGGCAGUGACCUCUGACACCGUGAAUGGAUUGGAAAGCAGGCCUUUGCUACCAGUGCAGAUGAGGUCGGAGGGAAUGGACAGAUAAACGUGCUGGCCCGGUUUUGCUUGAAAUCGAGCCAGCUUGGCCGAGGUCAUGGGAAACCAGAUCCUCAGCAGCUCUGUUUCAGGAACUCGCUCAAGGGUAGCCGGUUCCGUGACCGUGUCCAGGUAUCGAAGCACUCGAU